AUGCAAAUUACGUUUCUGGUGGUCCUCUCUUUAACAAAUUCAUCGUUACUCAAGCCCCCAUGGGCAACACUGUUGGUGAGAGCCGAAACAGAACAGUGUGCUACUCUAGGGUAUCUUACCAUGCAGUUUGCUUUAGAUGAUUUUUGGCGAAUGGUUUGGCAAGAAAAAGCUCCAUAUAUUUUCAUGCUGAUUGGCCGAAAGGACAAAGAGCGUUGUGCAGAGUACUGGCCGCGGUAUGGUGGUACUGCGCCACAGCGACAAGAAACAGAAACGCUGAACGUAUGUGGGCUGCAUAUUUCCAAUGUUGGAGUGUCGUCAACGCGUGAUCCAGUAUUUCGUGUCACAUACAUACGUAUAGUUAAUGACUCUGGCGAGGAGGUUAGUCUUAAAUGA